AUGGAGUCAUCGCGGUCUCGGAAGCGGACGCGCCAAGCGUAUGACUGCGCCGCCGCGCCGCCACCAGAGCGAGAAGUGGUAGCGAGGGGUGGCGUGUCGCCGCCGUGGAGGGAGGACGACCGCGACGGACACUACGUCUUCGAUCUCGGCGAGAACUUGACCCGCCGAUAUAAAAUCUUGAGCAAAAUGGGAGAAGGUACUUUUGGGCGUGUUUUGGAAUGCUGGGACCGUGAAACACGUGAAUAUGUUGCCAUAAAAGUUGUUCGCAGUAUCCGCAAGUACCGUGAUGCUGCAAUGAUUGAGAUAGAUGUGCUCAAUCGCCUUGCAGAAAAUGAGAAAUACAGAUCUCUCUGUGUUCAAAUUCAGAGAUGGUUUGACUAUCGUAAUCAUAUAUGCAUUGUCUUUGAGAAGCUUGGACCAAGCUUGUAUGAUUUUCUAAAGAGAAAUAGAUACCAACCUUUCCCUGUGGAACUUGUGCGGGAGUUUGGACGGCAACUGUUGGAAUCUGUAGCAUAUAUGCAUGAGUUGCGGCUUAUCCACACUGAUCUGAAGCCAGAAAACAUACUUCUUGUGUCUUCUGAGUAUAUAAAAGUUCCAAGUACAAAGAAGAAUACGCAAGAUGAGAUGCAUUUCAAGUGCUUGCCAAAAUCCAGUGCCAUAAAGCUGAUAGAUUUUGGUAGUACCGCCUUUGAUAAUCAGGACCAUAACUCGAUUGUUUCUACGAGGCAUUACAGGGCACCUGAAAUAAUCUUAGGUUUAGGCUGGAGUUUUCCAUGUGAUAUUUGGAGUGUUGGCUGUAUUCUUGUUGAGCUAUGCUCAGGGGAAGCAUUGUUUCAGACACACGAGAAUCUGGAACACCUAGCAAUGAUGGAGAGGGUUUUGGGACCUCUACCAGAGCAUAUGAUACGGAAAGCAAGUUCUUCUGCUCAGAAAUAUUUUAGGAGAGCAACACGCUUAAAUUGGCCUGAAGGUGCCGUUUCAAGAGAAAGCAUCAGAGCUGUGAGGAAACUGGAUCGACUAAAGGACUUGGUAUCGAGGAACGCUGACCAUUCAAAGGCAGCGCUGGUGGACUUGCUAUACAGUCUCCUACGAUUCGAGCCAUCAGAACGUCUGACAGCGCAAGAAGCUCUGGACCAUCCAUUCUUCAGGAACCCAACAUGA